AACACGGAAGUACUCCAUCCGAAUCCAGACAAAAGAUAUUAUCUGAUGAAAAAUUUAUUUCUGAACAUGCCUUCAUUAAAAUGAUGUUAAUAGAUGUUGCUGUAACAAGCAUUGAUGAAACAGACGAUGCAGUAGUGGCUGAUAUAUACAAGGAUGUGAGUUCCUCAAGAUGACAGCUAUGAUAGAAGGAGAUGAAGUGGUUGCCGACAAGUCUGUCCAUGCUGUGCCAUCUUUGGGUAGUGAUGUGGAUCCCUUCCUCCCGAUUAUUAAAGGGGAAUUUUUAACAGUGAUCUCCCAGGUUGACAAUCAUCGACUGUUGGUCGAGAAUAGGUUCAACAUUCGGGGUCUAGUGUACCGGCAUCAUGUUCAUCGUGCCGACAUUUACGCCCAUGAGGAUUUUUUCCUUUAUGACUUUACGUCAACGAUGGCGGAACGAAUACUGUCAAGCAGGGAAAACGGGACUUUUCUUAUACGUUACAAUUCACGGGAGUCUGAAAAACUUGUCAUAAGUGCCAAAUUUAAUAGCGUAGUGCAUUACAGCUUUAUGAAGAAAGGGGGAGGGAUUGAAUAUGAUGGUGUGACGUACCUAUCCAUACCAAGUUUUGUUAACAAAUGCAGUAAUGAAAAAGUUCCCGGACUUGCUGGAAAACUGGGGAAAUGGUUGAAACAGUCGGACCUAAACCUGCCGAAUGUCACUACAGGAAAUGUUGUCACCCUUCAGUCAAUACAGAUGAGGAUUGUAGCUGGUACAAUAGCAGUAGCAAUAGAUGAUUUCCCGUCGUUGAAUGUGUUGUGUCUACAGGUUGUUAAGAAGAAACAGUAUACAGUAUUACGCUCAUGUAGAAACCCAGACUGGUUCAUUGCCAGGGAUGAAUUUGACAAUGAAGGGUUUGUUCCUGGCUAUGUGUUAGACUGUUAUAUACCUCAGUGGUUCCACGGUUGUUUAGAGAGAGAGGAGGCAGAGAGAAUGCUGAACAAGACGUGUAGAGACGGAACAUUCCUAGUACGAGAAAGGCUUACAAAACCUGGAACGUAUGCACUGUCAGUCUGGUGCCCAGAUCAAGUUGUACAUGUCCCUUUAGUGUUUGACCAUGGUCAGUUCACUACUGGGGCAGAUCCCAUGUUGCCAAAAUUUAGCUCUCUGCUAGACUUGGUGGAACACUACAAACAGGAGACGAGAUUUUGGACAGCCAAAGAUGAGUGCGUAAGGAUAUUGUUUCCCCUGACCAGGAAAGAAACCUCACUGCCAGAGGAGAUACAGAAAAUGGAUCUUGAAUCGAUAGAGAUGUACUUUAAAGCAUUAAAAGAAGGCAAAGAGCAUGUCCGAGACAUCAGGUUAAUGGUGAUUGGUCACCAUGGAGCAGGUAAAACGACUCUAACAGAGAGGCUGAUGGGUAAACCGUUCACUCAAGUAGGCAGUACGAAUGGUAUAGAGAUACAUGUACGCCAGUGCCAGUUUAAUUUGAAGUCUGGAAUAUGGACCAAACAAAGAGUUGGCUCAGCCUACUUUGAUGAUGAUGAGGCACACAAACUAAGGUUGUUGCGUCUGCUUGAGUCGCCUGGUUCUGACGAAGAAAGCUCAUCUGUUAUAGAAGAUUUCAGACGCAUGGGCUCUCCAAUAGACCCGCUCAUGCAUAGAAAUAGUUCAGCAGAUAUGUGUAACAAUAAGGGUAGCAAAACGGAUCUAUCAAAAAAUAGUUCUCCAGACCUGUCAGACGGGAAGAAGAACGCAGUGUAUAAAUCAGAAAGUCACAGUUCUUCAUCUUCACUGAGACUUGAUUCCCCAUCGUCAAAAGAUGUCACAUUUUCUCUGGAUGCCUCCCCAACCACCAAUGGAGACUGUAUGAAAACUUCAUAUGAGAUUGCAACAGACAACAAUGACAUUUCAAGGUACCAGUUUUCUGAAGGCACACUUAGACUGAUUGAGCAUACUUUUGGAAGAAAACGCCAUGAGUCAAAAGAUACAAAAGAUGAACGGCUUGGAUUUAUAUCGAUGUGGGAUUUCGCCGGACAAUACAUCUUUUAUGCCACGCAUCAGGUGUUUCUUAGUCCAAGAGCAGUGUACAUUCUCGUUCUUGACUUGUCAAAAGGUCUGGAUCACUUUGUUCAGGACGAAGAAUUUCCAAUAGAAUGUAAUGACCUGCAAGGCCAGCUGGUGAAGGAUUAUGGAGACUUCUGGUUGAGAUCAAUUCACACCUUUUGUGGUGAUGUCCCAGGACAGCCUCCUAUAAUUCUUGUUGGUACUCACAGAAGCGAACUCGACUGUGCACCCUACGAACAAGAAGAAUGUGCGGAAAGGUACUUUGAGGAAUUCCGUAAACUGGUAGAAAAUUCACCAGUCUCAAAUCAUAUUCAGCCAGAGCAGUUUGCAAUAGAUAAUACUUUAUCCGAUGAAGAGUUUGACAAACUGAAGAAGGCCAUAGUUGAUGUUGCUAAGCGACAGAGACACUGGAAUCAAGAAAUACCUGCAAGAUGGAUACCGUUAGAAAGGUCAUUGAGCAAGAUGCGGGCCAGUACAAAGAUAAUCUCAAUUGAUGAUGUUCUAGAAUGCAAUAGUCAAAACGAGGUCAAGAUUACUGAUACUGAAGAGAUUCUUCUGUUUCUCAGGUACCAACAUGCUGUGGGACAUCUGAUCUACUCCGAGGACGAUGAACUGUCUGGCAGCAUCGUCCUUGACCCUCAAUGGAUCAUUGAUGCUUUCAAGUCCCUCAUCACAGCAAAAAAGUUCGUCAAACUUCACUCUCCCCUCCGCCCUUUAUGGACUGAAAUGCAGGAAAAAGCAAUGUUAAAAGAUGAACUCAUUGACGGUAUAUGGAAAGUUGUGAAUGAUGGCGCCUUUAUGAAGGACCGAGAGAUCUUGCUGACCUACAUGGAAAAGUUGGAUAUUAUUGCAAGGCCAAAAAUUGUUCCUGAAGAUGGUAGUGUUGUGAAUGUUGAUUUCUAUUUUGUGCCAAGUCUUCUCAAACAAAAGGGGAACAAAAAGAUAGUGUUACAAAUGCAGAGUUCAAAUACAUCUACGCCAAACUUAUGUUUUGUAUUUGACGAGGGCUUCCUGCCACCGUUUGUUUUCCAAAGAAUGCUGGGAGCAUGUUUGUCCAGGUAUGCUUUGUUUAGCCUUGGCAAAGAGACACAUUUAUACUGUGAUCUUGGAAUUUUUAAGCUUGACUCGUGUCACUGCUUUCUAUUUAGACUUGAAGACAAUGUCAUGAAACUGCAGGUAAUCAACAUGGUGAAUGAAAAAGUCAAACCAGCAUUGUGUGACAAACUGCGACGAUUUGUAACUUUACAGCUUGAGAUGGAACUUUGCAGGUAUCAACAAAAUACGCCUUUCUCAGUUUGUAUUGAAUGUGAAGAGCCGGAGAGGACAACAAAUGAAUUGAUCGACUGUAAAGAGCUGUUAAAACAGGAGAAAAUGCCAUGUUAUGCGCACUCAAGGUCACAUGUUAUAUCUGCAGAUGUAAUUCUUCAAACCUGGUAUCCAGAUUAUGUUGACUUGCCACAGGGGCAAGUUACCCAACACAGCUGGAUAGAUUCUCUACCAGUGGUCAUAAGAAAAAGAGAAGUCACUGCAAAAGACUUGAGCAGGAUAUCACAAUGCGUUGGAUUCAACUGGGAGUUUAUAGCCAUAGAACUAGGAUUAGCACAGGCUGACAUAGACCAAAGUAAGAUGGAUUACAAAGAUAGGACAGCAAUGCAGAUUUAUCAAACGCUUCUGAAAUGGAAAACUGGUGAGGGAUCAAGAGCAAAUAUAGAAACACUCGUGAAAGCCAUUCAGGCCAAUACCACAGUUGAAGCGAACUGGGAAGUCAUUAAGAAUGUAGUGGAUAAGAUUUAUGGUUAGAAUGCACAGUUACAUUUCCUGUAACUGUUUAAUUUGCAAACAGGUGACCAAUCCUGUGAUAUUUUCAAGUUCAAAAGUUAAGGUUUUAACGCUUUCUCUUAUAAGCUAAUGUUGUGACUGUCUCUAUAUAAAAACAUAAACAUUUUGGUUCAGUAUGUCGUGAAAUAUACACUUCAUUGAUGAACUGAUUGAUUAUUCAAGCAUUCAUUAGAAAAUAAUGUACAGUACUUUUGAAUGAAAGAAAUAUGAUGGCCUCCUCUUGUUAAGGCUGCCUGGCAAAUAAACUACACGCUAUGCAUUUCAUUUUAAUGUUGAUACUGGUUAAAACUGACAAAAUUUUUAUGGUUCUGUUUUUGCAACUCCUACCUGCUAAAAUGUUAGAUGGUUGUUCAGGAAAUGAAGUUAUUUACGUGAACACGCUUAGUUAACUGCAGGGGUACAGUUAUAUCAGGGUAUUGUAUAGUGAUACUAAUUACUAAGUAACCAUAUAUGUUCAAAGCAGCAAUGUUUACACAACAAACAUUUGACAAUCGAGCUAACCUUAAAGACGCGCCACAGAAUAACUGUAUUCUUUUGUAUAUCUGUGAUGGUAACUUUACAUGCUUUACAUAAAAAAAAUGAGAAAAACAAGUAUCUAUUUACAAACUGAUAGUGCUAUAUAUAAGGCCAAGAAAUGUGCUUUAUGUCUUACCGGAUGUUUUAUGUUAAGUUUAGACCACACUUUGUUUCUACAGCAUAAAACGGUUAUUGAUCUGUGUUUUUAAACUGAACUGAAAAGUGAUUGACUGAACAAGAAUGAUUUUCAUGAAGUUCAUUUGGGACGAAAAAUAUAGGUCACUAGGUUGUGGUGGGUCUUUAACACAGAAACGUAACUCGGAGCAUUUUCUUGACGCUGGAAUUUUAACUCUGUUUCAUAUUAGUGAUACCAGUAACAGAUGUUGCAUACAGAAGUUGUUUUUUCUCACAAAUGUUUUCAGUAUUUUCAGAACAGAGUAUAAAAUAACACUGCAGAUAUUAUUAUAUAUGUAACACAUUUUUACCUGUGUUCUAUUUCAUGUAACUGGGGGCCUCCGUGGCUGAGUGGUUAAGGUCGAUGACUUCAAAUCACUUGCCCCUCAUCGAUGUGGGUUCGAGCCUCACUCGGGGCGUUGAAUUCUUCAUAUGAGGAAGCCAUCCAGCUGGCUUACGGAAGGUCGGUGGUUCUACCCAGGUGCCCGCUCGUGAUGAAAUAAUGCACGGAGGGGCACCUGGGGUCUUCCUCCACUAUUAAAGCUGGAAAGUCGCCAUAUGACCUAUCAUUUGUCGGUGUGACGUUAAAUCCAAAAAAGUGUGAGAGUGUGAUAUCUAUGUUUGUUGUGUUAUAAUAUACAGUAGUCACACUAACACAGUUCAUGUUCGUUUAAAAUGGUGGGAAAAGAGCGAAGAAGCCCAUCUAGUCAUUAUUCCGUGCAUAAUUUCGUGCACAGCUUGGUAACUUGGUAUAACCACUUACCUUCUUAAUGUCGUUUUCUCGAGUGAUAGUUGUAGUACCAAUGUAUUUGAGCAUAAUUUUUAUUUCACGUGACAUGAUGACAUUGAUAGUAUUAAAGAUUUUUUAGAAUCCAUAUAUGAUGAGGACUUCCAUACUUUGAUUUGUUAUGACAAAAUGUGAUAAACUACUACGUAUUGUUUUGCAUGUCUGUUGACAUACCUAUCACUGAAUAUUAUAUUACUGCUUGUUUUAUUUUGACGAAAUGGAUUGACCAUGGCAUACUAAGAGUUAGAUUGUUAAUUUGUUAUUAACAAAUGAAUGAUGUUAAGAGUACAUACCCACUUUUAAUUGAUUAAGUUUUGAUUCUUUUGCUUAUGAUUGUAUUAGUGACCCUUUGUUCAACGGUCGAUGAUAUUGUCUUUGGGUUAAAUACAUUACCUGUGAUUGUAUGGUGGGCUUGUGGCUAGCUGUCGUUGAUUGUAUACCAUUUGAUUUUCGAUCUCUCUUACUAUGUGUUCCAGUACUGUUUGCCCCUCACACUCCAGAUUUUAUGUAGGGAAAGUGGGGCCUUUAGAUUUACUCUUGUCCGUGCGUCUGUCCGUCAGGAUUUGGUUCGGUCAGUCCGAAUUCUUGUGUGCAUAUCUCUAAAAGUAUUUGGCUUGAAGUCGUGAAACGUGAAAGAAUUGUUAUUCUUUUAAAAGUUGUGCACCCGGGAUUUGGUUUGGAAUUUCAUUCAGAAAGAUCAAAGUUAUGGCCUUUGACGGUAAAAAAUUGCAUAAAGAACCGAAAAGUGUGUCUGACAAGUAUUCAAAAAGUGAAAAAAAAGUAAUAGUCAUGAAACAUCAUAGGAUUGUAAUUCAGAAUGUGAAGUUGUACACUGGUGUUUUGGUUAGGAUUUUACUGGGCCGGUUCAGAAUUAUGACCCUUGACUUAGUCAUGAAUAUGCAUGAAAGGCUUAAAACUUUGUGUUGCAUGUAUCUCGAAAAGAAUUUAAGCUAGAGUCAUGAAACAUGAAAUAAUAGUUAACCAGCAUGUGACAUUGCUCACCUGCUGAUUUGUUUGGGAUUACAGUAUGUAUUACCAGAGUUAUGGCCAUUUGCUUAGUAAAACCAUGCAUAAAUACUUGUAAGUUUGUCUCAAAUCUAUCUAAAAAUAUUUGACCUAGUCCUGAAACCAUAUAGUGGGUUAUUAUUCAGUAGAUAAAGCUGUGCAACUUUGGGAUUUACCCCUGUUGAUGGUUUGUGCGAUUUGACAUGAUUAACGGGGUAUCUGAUGUUAAAGCGGGUAAUUAUUUCAUUUACCAAGUGUGAAGCCGUGUAUUGAUAUUACUUUUAAAUUUAAAAAUAAGAUGACGGCUUGUGCGAUUGUUUUUUCAAGACAAAUUAAGAAUACUCGGUUACAGAAUACAGCAGCAUACAUGAUGAGAACUGAUUGAUCAAAAGAAAUAUAUCAUUUCAAGUUGCGACAAAUAGUUCUGUUAUUUGAUUUAUCAUUUUACGUUUUCUGUCAGUCGUAUUUAUUGUUCCUUUACAGUGUUACCAUUUCACUUUUAUAUUUGGUAUAUUUCUUUCAAGCUAUUUAUUGCUAAUUGGAGUAUAAAUUCAUUAACGGGGUAUCUGAUGAUAAAGCGGGUAAUUAUUUCAUUUACUAAGUGUGAAGCCGUGUAUUGAUAUUACUUUUAAAUUUAAAAAUAAGAUGACGGCUUUGUGCGAUUGUUUUUUCAAGACAAAUUAAGAAUACUCGGUUACAGAAUACAGCAGCAUACAUGAUGAGAACUGAUUGAUCAAAAGAAAUAUAUCAUUUCAAGUUGCGACAAAUAGUUCUGUUAUUUGAUUUAUCAUUUUACGUUUUCUGUCAGUCGUAUUUAUUGUUUCUUUACAGUGUUACCAUUUCACUUUUAUAUUUGGUAUAUUUCUUUCAAGCUAUUUAUUGCUAAUUGGAGUAUAAAUUCAUUUCUACUCAAUGAUUAAGGUCUAAAACUGUUUUCAUAAUAGCGAUAUCUAUUUAUCAAAAUUAUUGCCAACUUGUUUUAAUGUAUGUAAGUUUGUAUUCCUGUUUGCGAAGAAAGAAUGGAAGUAAAAAAGAAUGACCCAUUAUAUGUUAUAACGUUUGCUGUGUAAACUCAACUUGGACCAUUAAUUUUGUAACACAGAUAAGUUGUUGAUCUCUUUUGUUAAUGUUUUUUUUCAUACAUGUAGUAGCAGAUAUUUUAUUAAUGAUAAUGAAGUAUUAUAACGUGUCUUCAGAAUUUAUAGCAUUAAUGUAAGGUAAUUUAGUUGUGAUAAAAAGGCAUGACACUGCUUCUUGGACUUCAUAGUGUACUUCUGCUUUACAUUAUAACUGAUAAUUUUAAGGUAUUUAAAAUUGAUUUAAUAAAUACAAUGUAUAGAAUGUAAUUAUGUUACGAUAAAAACUUAAAUUUGGACUUGGUUUUUCGACAGGAAAAUGUGUAUAUUUAUUCUUGGACUGUUUUGUUAUUUAGAUAUACUGAGAUUAAAUCUUUUAAUCUGCGUUUCUUUUGUACAAGAUCGUUGUUUGAAACCACUUUCUUACCAUGCUGAUUUAUUGCUUUGAGGGAUGAACGCGAAACUAUUGUUACUGUAAAUAAAUAAAGAACAAGAUGCAGUAGUUUCGCACUCAUCCAUCUUUUUGUCUUCCACACCAUUCAUGAAUAGUGUUAUUUUUCUAAAAUUUGGACUGUUUUCUGGAUUUAUUAAUUUGUGACUGGUGCAUUAAAGUGCUAUAAAAUUGUUUUAUAUAUAAUAUGAACUUGAUAAUUUUCAAGUUAUGCAAAAUAAGUAGGAAAUUUAACCAAGAUAAUGACAUACAUAGUCUUUUUUGGUAAAAAUGGUUCUCAUUUUUAACUCGACUAUUCAAAGAAUAGGUAGAGCUAUUGCACUGAUCCAUUCGUCGGUGCCUUCGUCCGCGUCUCGAUGGUAUGUAUUUUGUAUGUAAGUAACCACUUGUAGGAACCGAUUGAAAAUUUACGGUGAUGGUCUGACUUUCAUUGUAGAGGUUUCAGCUUUUAAAGUUAUUUGGAUUUUUAGCUCGACUAUACGAAGUAUAAGGAGAGCUAUCCUACUCGACCCGGCGUCGGCGUCUUUCCGCGUCCCCACCUUGGUUAAAGUUUUUUUUUACACUUUCUCUUUUGUCAGCUUAUCUCUGUAAUUACUUGAUGGAUUUGAUUCAAACUUGAAAUACUUAUUCCUCAUCAUCAUCCACAUCAUCUGACUUAAGGGCUAUAACUCUGGCACCAAUAUUUCAUGAAUUAUCCCCCCUUUUCACUUAAGAUUUUCAGGUUAAAGUUUUGAUGCACUUUCACUCUAUCUCUGUUAUUACUGAAUGGAUUUGAUUCAGACUUAAAAUAAUUGUUUAACAUCAUCACCCACAUCAUAUGACACAAGGUGCAUAACUCUGGCACCAUUUUUUCAUGAACUAUUCCCCCUUUUUACUUAGAAUUUCAGGUUAAAGUUUUGGUGCACUUUCACUCUACCUCUGUUAUUACUGAAUGGAUUUGAUUCAAGCUUAAAAUAUUUGUUCAGCAUUAUCACCCACAUCAUAUGACACAAGAUGCAUAACUUUGGCACAAUUUUUCAUGAAUAAUUCCCCUUUUUACUUCGUAUUUCAGGUUAAAGUUUUAUGCACUUUCACUCUGUCUCGGUUAUUACUGAAUGGAUCUGAUUCAAACUUGUUCAACAUCAUUACCCUUAUCAUAUUACACAAGGUGCAUAACUCUGGGACCAAUUUUUCAUGAAUUAUUCCCCCUUUUUACUUAGAAUUUCAGGUUAAAGUUUUGAUGCACUUUCACUCUGUCUCUGUUAUUACUGAAUGGAUUUGAUUCAAACUUAAAAUAGUUGUUCAACAUCAUCACCCACACCAUAUAUCAUAUAUGACACAAGGUGCAUAACUCUGGCACCAAUAUUUAAUGAAUUAUGCCCCUUUUUGCUUAGGAUAUACUUACAUAGUGUUUUGAUACAUUUUAUCUUUACCUCUCUUAUUACUUUAAGUUGAUAUUUUUGACAUAGACUCAGGCUGUUGUGCAAUAUCUUCAUCCACAAUUGGAGUCAUUAAACACUCCAGUGACAGCUCUAGUUUCCUCAGAUGUGCCCAGUUUCACUAUCCAGCAUCGAAAUAGUCGAGUGCGCUGUCACCUGUGACAGCGGUUGUUUGUAUGUAAGCUUGCAUCUCGGUAGCUAUUUUUCGGCGACGCCGUCUAAAUUCGUUUUCGUUACCUAUGCCACGUGACUUCAGUUAGCAAAUCAAACUACUUGAUAACGCAUUAUAGAUAAUUUAUCAAAAUGGAAGAUUUAUGCAACACUCUGCCUGAUUGGACGAGAGUGUCAAUUUCUUUCACUCUGUUGAUUGUGCUACGCUGAGUGAUAUGUAGACAAAGCGUUUACCCUAAACGACGCUGUUCACAGUUUUAAAGCUAACUUUGGCUCAGUAUAUUUAGCAAGAAUAUUGAUAUGAUAAGUAAGUUUAAUAAAUAUGAUAAAAACCUGUUCAAAUACCAACAUAUAUCAAAUUAAAGAAAGAGUUGAAUACGGUCUGCAUAUCACAUGGAUAAGGGUGUGAUAAGAGUCUUUUAUGUAGAGAAGUGCUUUUUAAAAGAUUUUCCUUGUUACAAUUAUCGUCUAUAUAUGAAAAAGUAUCUUGCUUUUGUGACUUAUUCAGAUUGCAUAUUAAAAUGAGUACUUGUUUGCUUUGAUAUAUAUGUUAUAAAUUAUUUAACUGAUUUAUUAUAUAUGAAUAUCUUUCUUUAGUAUGGUAUGCAAAUAUUGAACUCAUUUGAAACUGUUUUUAUUAUAUAUAUGCUAUAUAAUGACUGAAUCUCAUUACACUGAAAUGAAGGUACGCUGCAUACAGUUUAUCUAUGUGAUAUGACUACGGUCAAACUUUGCUUAUGAAACAGAAGCAUUGAAAUAAUUACAAUUGUAUGUUUUGCUUGACCUUCACUUUUUUAUAGGUGUGACGUCAUUGUCCAAAGAUUCUUGAAUAGCGAAUAUGCAUUCUUUAAAGCGGCAUCAGUUUGCAUAUUUUAGAAAUAAAUUAAAAUAAUAAAUAAAAAAAUCCUUUAAUUGAUUUUUUCUCAUGUAUUCUAAUCAAACUUGAUUUGUAGCAUCUUUAUUAGGCCCACAGCCAACUUUGUUCAGCUGGGACAUUUAACCCCUUUUAGGGGCUGCUAGAGCUAAAACUAGAAAUGCCUUUAUACAGCGUCUCUUGAACAGCUUGGUGGAUCUUUGUCAUACCUGAUCUGGAGCAUCAUUAUAAGGUCCUCUUCCAAAUUUAUUUAUAUAGGAACUUGGGCCCUAUUAGGGACCACUACAGCUAAAAGUAGAUAUGCCUUUCUUCGCAUUAACCACUAAAAUGUAAUGGAUUUUUAUCAAACUCGAUGUGUAACAAUAUCGUAAAGUCUCUUGCUAUUUUGUUACAAAUGGGGAUAGGGACCAGUUUAGCUUAAAAUAUAAACACGUUUAAUGACCUAUUCUCAUGAACCGCUUCAUGAAUCUUCAUCAAACUAGUGCUGUAAUUAUUCGUCUAAGGAUAAACGAAACAAAAUUGCAACCCUACGAAACCUUUGCGAAAAAUUAAAAGAGAACCAUUUAAAUUGUUAUAGUGCGGUGUUUAUUUUUGCAAAAUGUUAGAUGAAAGAUGAAUGUUAGAUGAAAAAUUCAUAAACUUCUUCCCUUAUUACAAUUCGCCGACAAUCAUUUUUAAAGAUAUUUCUUGUUUGGGAUGGAUUUGAACUUCACAUACUUGUUCAUUGUGAUGAUUUGUCUAGCAUUGUUUAGGUUCAAUACUUUUGACGAGCCCGCUUGUGGUGAGCUCGUCUUAGUCGUCACUUUUGGCUGGUCGGUGUAUGUGCGUGCGUCCGUGCGUGCGUCCUUCCGAUUUUAGUCCGGACCAUAACUUUGACAAGCAUGGACCAAUCUUGUUUAUACUUGGGAUGAAUGUUUACCUCAAUGAGAAGGAGUGCCAUGCACAAACCCCAUAUUCCUAUCUCAAAGUUCAAGGUCACGGUUGGAGGUCAAAGGUCAAAUUGAAGUUUGUCCGGAGCAUUUCUUCUUCGUGCAUGGUGGGAUGUUGAUGUACCAUGGCAUGGAUGUUCACCAUUAUGAGGCGGAGUGUCAUGCGCAAGAACUAGGUCCCUAAGUCUAAGGUUAAGGUCACACUUAGACAGCUGGCAGGCUCGACAUUCUGCCCGUGGCCAAACUUGUUUUUAACCAAGUUAUACCCAGUUUGGACAUAGCAAUUUUUGGUUGUAAGCUGGUAUUUCUUUAACCAUUUGUGGAAAUGGAUUGAAACUGAACACCUUGUUCACUGUGAUGAUCUGGCAGAUAUUGCACUUGUUAUAUAAUAAAUUUUUUUUUAAUAUUCCACAAGGUUAUGCCCAUUUUUCAGCUUUUGGUAUUUAUUAACUUAACUUCUAAUGACAAGGCUAUUGAAUAGUGGAGCGUUGCAGUUCUACGGGAGCUCUCGUUUAUUGUUGUAAGAUAGAGACAAAUUUAAAUGUCUCAAGCGAAAGAAAGGCCUAUAUUCAAUCUAGUCUUUAUGUUAUUCACAUGGAUUUACUUUAAGUCAUCAUCCCUUUCGCCCAGGGUCAUUAAAGUGGGUCCAGAUUUUAUCUGAUACGGGAUCGUUUAUAGUUAUCAGUGUUGGAUCUUGAAUCAGUGUUAUACAAGUAAUCAUAAUUUUCAUUUUUGAAAUUAUUAAAUCAGCAAGGCUGGUAUGCCAAAAUCGUGAUGUAAAUAAUAUAUGGAGAAAUAAUUAUCAAUUAUACUUGUGAUGCAAUUUUUUUUCCAGAUUUAUUUUUUGUAUAGAUAAUUUUGUUUAGAAGUAGAAAACUGUAUAACGCUUCCUAUUUUACAAUGUAUAGUGCUCAAAUAUAUACAGUCAUUUUCUGUCGAUCUGCUGGAAUUUUUAGUUGAUGAAAUAAAUGUAUUGAAUGCAAACUUC